AUGGCAUCUUCAGAAGAACCAGUGAGUCUUCCCCGUUAUCUGCCCAACCACCACAACCCGCGACUUGGGCUAACAAAUCCGCCUCAGGUGCACCCUUUGCGCAUCUCCAAGGGCUCAACAGGCUCGACGGGCUCUCCCCCUCCCAAGGUCCCCCGUGCCCUCUCAGAAUUGUCCCCUUCGGACCACAGGAGGAACUCUCCGAGCUGGAAACAGCCGUCCAAGAAGAUGACUCUGAACACCGACUCGUCUCCAUUCCAGUCGUCGCCAUUGGAGACCACCACAUCACCUAGGCUCUUCUGGCAGAAGCGCAACCUGGACUCCAUCAGCACCGAAAACCAACACCUCUAUGCCGGUCGCCACGGCUCGCCCUCACCAACCCGUCGCACAUCCAUCGAGCGCCUUCAAAAGGCUUCGCGCGUCAAAAAUAGCAACAUCCUGGCUCUGGAACAGAAGCAGGAGUACGACCCUACGAGAGUGCCCCAGAUCGAACGCCCUCUCGCUAACUACCAGGGGAACGCCUAUGGCUCGACUGGAGCCCCGACUGCCAUCAUCAACGGGCUGAGGUCUUCGGACUCUCUCAACAGAGGCUUCGGCCAUCAGCGCAAUAACAGCAGCAAGUCGGGCAUCCCCAUCUUCAGCCCGGCAACGAGCCCGACCAAGGCUUCUGGCGACACAACCCCAAUGCAGGAGACCUUCUCCAGCCCCCCGAAGAGCCCGGGCAAAGACCAGUCGUCGCCCAUCAAGUCCUCUCUCUCCAAGAGCAACUUCAAGAGCAGCUUCGAUCCCGAGACCGGCACAUGGUCGGCCGACACAUCCUUCGACGACCGCGAGCUUCCCUCGGGCAAGUCGUUGCACCGACAUGCCAAGAGCGUCACCUUCGACGCUGCCCCUCCUCAGAUCAACGAGUAUGAGAUGGCCACACCAGACAUCUCCUCUAUCGGAUCCAACUCGCGCGAAGGUAGCUUCGACUCUAUGGAUGAUGAGGACGACGACGAAGAGGCCCACUACCACCUAGGUGACCACGAUAUUGGAGAGGACAGCUUCGACGCCUCGCUCGAGGACACUGACAAGACGCCCGUCGUCGGCCCUGACGACUGGAGGCAGUCUGCCGAGCGCAUGGACGACCCCUUCGAGAGCAGCCCUAUGCCUGAGACCCAGCCUGCUCGCCUCGGCGGGCCGGCACACGUCCGUUCAGACUCUUCUACUUCUGAUCACCGGCCCCUGCCUCCGCUCCCCGGCAUGGGUGGAUCCCUCACUCGCAGCGACUCUCGUCUUAGCGACUCGAGGGGCUCACCUGGCCUGACGGCCACUGCUGAGAGGAUGCUGGGCGCUCAUCGCAGCCUGCCUUCGCCACCUCCUGCCGCCGCCGCUUCCAGCAAGUCGGAGAUCCAGAGCAUCGGCAACGGCAAGAUGUCGCUGGAGGAGAGACUGAAGCUUAUGAUGCUUUCGGACGAUCACAAGUCCGCCAACGAGCAGCAAAGAGAGCGUCGUCUCCGUCGGGGUGCUCAGCGUGAUAGGUUCCAGAGCCCCUCCUCCGAGACCGAGACCGCUGAGUCUAGCAUCCUCGAGGCUGAUGAGGAAGACGACACCAUUGGCGAUAUCUCCGCCCUUGAUGACUACGAGCUUCCGACUCGCAUCUCUCGCGAGUCAAUCCUUCGCCGUGUCAACACUGGCGAAACCGCACAGGACGGCGGUGACUACUUCUCAUCUCCUGCACCUAGCUCUAGCCCUGAGCGCGCAAGCCCGGAGCGUCGUCUGCCUUUGCCUCUCGACCCUGACGUUCCUAUCCCUUCCACAGAAGAUUCCAUUCUGGAGGAUGACGACGUCUCCGAUCUGUCGGACGAAGGCAGUGUGAUCAUUCACCGCGAUGAGGACACUGAUGCCGAGACCGAUUCCAUCACUGACUUCUAUCACCGCUCUGAUGAUGAGAACGAUGCCGAUUCGGCGAGCCACUACUCCGACGGCCCAGCCCGUCAGCCGGAGGUUACUCAAGUUGACGAGGAGAUUCUCACUCCUCGCGCUGCUAGCCCCCAGCAAGCAUUCCAGUCUUUCGACAUUGCCUCAGAGAUAAGGCCUCUUGAGCUCAAGUCUGACAAGACUGGCAAUACCCCUACUGAAUCACCUGUCGAGUCUCCUGUUGAGUCUCCUGUCGAUUCUCCUAUCGAAGCCCCCAUGGAAGCCCCUGCGAAGGAGCCUACACCCGAGCCUGUAGAGGUCGUCGAGCCUGUGUUCGAGAAGGAGCUCGACACAGAAGCCGAGGAGGAGAAGCCGGUUGAUUCUUCCGCCGAUCACAGAUCCAGCCUGCCAUCGAUGAGGGAUAAUGGCAAGGAGAACGAGUUCUCCAAGGGAUUGCAGUCUUUCAUGCUGCCUCCGCCUCCCGAACCAGCUGCAGAGGACCUGGACGAUCUUGAGCCGCCCCCCAAGAUGACUGACCUCCACUCUCAGUUCCGUCCCACCACCCCCAUCCAGCCCCAGGGCUUGUAUGACGGUUCUGGCUGGGGAGAACCGGAGGAUGAAUACGACGAUGAACCCGGUACGCCCGAGUCCGUCAUUCAUCGUCCGAUUGAGGACUCGGACGAGGAGGAGUACGAGGAGUCCAUCAACGAUGUUCCGUCCAUCAUCGAAGAGGAGCCUCUGGAGUCGCCUGCUAUUCCUGAGCGGCAGGCCACUAUCAAGGCUUCCGGCUCCAAGCUCAAGACGAGGCCGUCGAACACUCCCUCCGACAUCAUCGCCAUGCGGGAAGCUCGGCGUCAAGUUAGUCGCGAGGUGCCAGACAUUCCCCCCAUUCCUGAGCGUCACCGCAACAGACUGUCGCGGGAUCUCACGGAAGAGUCCGAUGUUGGUAAUGAUUACUAUGCUCAGAGGCACCCCAGCUUCAAGAAGCGUAGUCUUACCUUGGACCUCGACUUCGGUCUCAGUCUCGAUCAAGACUUCGACCGCGUUAUCGAACAACAAAAGGUUGCAUUUUCUCAGCAAGUUUAUGAAGCUUCCCUGAUUGCGAGUAGAAGCCCCAGCAGACAAGCGUCUAGGGCGACCGCAGCCAACCGCGAGAUCAUCGCAGAAGAAACAACGUCGCAGAAUGCUAACAUCAAAUCUCGAAAUCAGCGCGGAUAUCUCAUGCGUCAGAACACCAAGCUUGUCACCGCAAGUGACAAGGACACUGAGGCCAUGUGGAAGACUCGAUCGGCUGGUAACUCACCUGUCAAGGCUGAUCGACCCCAGUCAUGGACCGUCGAGCCCUGGAAUGGUAGGCCCAGACAGAAGAGUGUACGACGGUCGCGUGCCCACACGAGCGGACCGGCGCCACCUCUGCCUGGCCAGGAGAGCAACGCUCUCGCGCUGAACCCAUUGGCUGAGGAGGACCUCAACCCCGAGCUGGCGACCGAUGAGAGUGGAGAGCGAGGAAGACUCUUCAUCAAGGUGCUUGGCGUCAAGGAUCUUGAUCUCCCCAUUCCCAGAAAUGAGCGAACCUGGUUCAGCCUGACGCUCGACAACGGCGUCCACUGUGUCACCACGGCUUGGCUCGAGCUUGCUCGCAACGCCCCCAUUGGCCAGGAGUUCGAGCUUGUGGUGCCUAAUGACCUCGAGUUCCAGCUUACUCUGAACGUCAAGUUGGAGAAGCCUCUGCCAAAGAAGGUUGUUGUGCAGUCUCCUACUAAGACUAGCAAGCCCAAGACGUCUACCUUUAGCAGGGUGUUUGCGUCACCCAAGAAGCGUAAGGAGAUGGAGCUGCGCGCGCGUGAAGAGGAGGAGAGACAGGCCGCCCAGCAACGUGAGGCCCAGGCCAGGCAAAUGAAGGUUGCACCCACCGCCUGGGACCUUCUUUCCCCUCUCGCGGCAGAGGACGGCAGCUUUGCUCGCUCGUACGUCUGCCUCAAGGAGCACGAGUCCCGCUGCUACGGCCGUCCUUACGUUGUCAACGUUGCAUGCUUCAACGAGUGGGCGACAGAGGAAGCCGCUUUCGCUUCCAGUGUCAAGAGCAAGCGUGGUAACACCGCUGUCGUUCGCCGUGCUCCCUACAAGAUCGGAAAGCUCGAGCUGCAGCUUCUCUUCGUCCCGCGUCCUAAGGGGUCAACUGACGAUGACAUGCCCAAGAGCAUGAACUCUUGCAUCCGGGAGAUCAAGGCCGCCGAGGAGCGUCUCUCCAAGAACUGGGAGGGCCACUUGAGUCAGCAGGGAGGUGACUGCCCGUACUGGCGUCGUCGCUACUUCAAGCUUGUUGGCACCAAGCUGACCGCCUACCACGAGGCCACUCGUCAACCUCGUGCCACCAUCAACCUGGCCAACGCCAAGCGCCUGAUCGAUGACCGUCGGGCCCUGACCGAAAAGGAGACCACUGGCAAGAACGGCCGCCGCCGGAGGUCUGCGUUCGCCGAGGAGGAGGAGGGUUACAUGUUUGUCGAAGAGGGCUUCCGCAUCCGCUUCAACAACGGUGAGGUCAUCGACUUCUACGCCGACACCGCCGAGGACAAGGAGGGCUGGAUGCAAGCCCUCACCGACGUCGUUGGCCGCGGCGAAAGCACCGGGGACGACGACGGUGGAUCUCGCACCAAGGGCAAGUGGUGCGAGCUCGUCCUCAAGAAAGAGGAGGCGCUGCGACGCCGGGCGGAGGGCCGGCGAGUGCACUCGCGGACCAAGAGCACUUUCAACUAA